GGGGUAGUCUGAGUCCCCGGAUUGCCCAAGUUUCCUAGACAAGCUCAUAGAUAGACUCGUUCACCAGUCUUCGUCGUAUAAGUAUAAAGCUAUGUCACAGGCCGAAGGAAUGAGAAAUAGCAGAAAGUCAACGACAUCAACCGCGGUCGUUGACAGUUUCUAGCUUCUGCAAAUUUGGCCUUUCCUCACCACCACUUCUUCCAAGAAAGCAAUCAUGGUAUCCAACGAUGACAGUCGAGCGGUAGAACGUGCUGGCAAAGAUGUCACCAAGUGUCAAGAGCUUGAGGACCCCACCAAGUCUUCUGAUCUCUCAGAGGAGAAGCUUGACCAGCAAUACGACACAACCCCCAGAGAUAUCCAGAACCGUUUCGAACAUCUCCGAUAAUUGAGCGAUAACGAAAUGGCAAAGCUGAACAAGAGCGUUGUACGAAAGAUCGACUUGAGAAUGAUGCCUUGCAUAACACUCAUGUUUCUCAUGAGCUAUCUCGACCGCAUCAAUGUUUCCAACGCAAGACUAAGUGGGAUGCAGGAUAACCUCCACAUGUCAGACACCAUGUGGAACUUGGGUAUCUCAACCUUUUACAUCGGUUAUCUCAUUGGGCAAUUGCCUGGCAACUUGUGGUUGGCUAAGGCAAACCCAAGAUGGUUUCUACCCUCAACCAUGAUAGCUUGGGGAGCGGCAACCAUUUGCACUCCCGCCCUCAAGAGUGGUGCCGGUUUCGCCGCUCUGCGAUUCUUCACCGGUCUGGCUGAAGCGCCAUUCUUUCCGGGCAUAACUCUGAUGACAUCCUCCUGGUAUACCAAGGAGGAAAGUCCUCUCAGGAUGGCCAUUUGGCAUGCGGGAAACACCAUAUCCAACAUAAUCUCAGGCUUCCUUGCGGCAGGAAUUCUCACUACAAUGGGUGGUGUCUCGGGUCUAUAUUCCUGGCAGUGGUUCUUCCUCAUCGAAGGCAUCAUAACAUUCCUGGUGGCUUUCUCUGCGUUCGUGCUGCUGCCAGACUGGCCCCACAACACGCGUUUCCUGACUCCUGAGGAGAGAGAUAUGGCGCAGUACCGUUUUCUGUGCUCCAAUGGAGGCAAGGAGGAAGAUACAGGAGGCACCUUAGACGGUCUCAGAGACGCCGUCAAAGAUCCUUUCACCUGGAUUUUCUGCCUGUUACACUUCUCCCUGGUUACGGCCCAAAGUUUCAAAGACUUUUUCCCAUCGAUCGUCAACACCUUCGACUUUGGUGAGCUUACAACAUACUUCAUCCAGGCUCCCCCAUAUGCAUUCGCUUUCAUGUUUUCCUACGCCGUUGCCUGGUCCUCAGGUCGAAACCAAGAGUCUUUCUGGCACAUAGUCCUGCCUACAGUUGUCAGUGCGGUCGGCUGUGCAAUCCUGAUAUCAACCAUAAACGUUGGAGCUCGCUACUUUGGUCUUUUCCUCCUUAUUUCUGGCACGUACAGCGGCCUAAACUUACAAUUGUCGUGGGAAACGACUGUCGUCCCCGCCCCUCGAAGCAAGAGGGCCGCUCUGAUUGCAAUUACAAACUGCAUCAGCCAAGUCAGCCACUGGUUCAGUCCCUACUUCUGGCCGCGUUCGCAAGAGCCGUUCUACAGACUAGGUGGCGGUCUUGUACUGGUGGGUUGUGGUCUGGUUGUAACGUCAGCUGGCCUGGCAAAGUGGCGUGCGAUUCGACUGAAUAAGAAAUUGGAUGAAGCUGAGGGCUACCCAGAGAACUCGGGGAUCGAAAGGGUUUGGAGAUAUGCGCGCUGAGAGAAGCAUGAGAUUACGAACGAGCCAGUAUUGUUACUUUUGCUCUCCCAUGUAUGUGUCUCUGGGGUUCCUGAGCCGAACAUAAUCCAGUCUGCAAUUUCAAGAGUAAUCAAGCAGCCCACAGCUGUAUCAUACUUCGCAAGGGGUGGUCGACUCACAAAUCAUCGAUGAUGGAAGCGUUGAGAUCGCCAGCUGCAGGUGUUAUUGAUCAUGCAGGGGUUCGGCAAAAAUUGGCAAAAUGUCAAACCAA